UUCAUGUGUAAGCUUUGUAACUUAUUUUCACCAAACCAGUCUGAACUAUUGUCUCACGUCUCUGAGAAGCAUACAGAAGAAGGGACCAAUGUGGAUGACAUCAUUAUUCCACUCCAGCCUCUAACAGUACCCACAAACAUAAACAAAGAUGGAGAAGAGGCUCUAGUAGUGAAGAGGAAAAGGGGCAGACCAAAAGGGUCUACUAAGAAGUUUUGUGUGGAUGAAGAUGUGGCAGAAAAUAACUCUGUUCCAAGUGAAGAAACUCCACCUGGGACAGAAGAAGCACCAGAACUGUCUGAAGUCUCCCCAGGCAGCUUGGAAUGUAGGAAAUGCAAUCGGAAGUUCUCCAACACACGUCAGCUGAGGAAACACAUCUGCAUUAAUGUUUUAAAUGAAGGAGAGGAAGAAGGAGAUGGAGGUAAUGAUUCUGACGUUGACCUUGACAGGAAGGAAGAUGAACGAGAGAAGACUCCAAAAAGGCCCAGAGUUCAGAAACCAGAGAAAACUCCACCCACUAAGGAUCCUGAACAGGUUUCAGGAGCUAAGAAUCCUAUUAUAAGUGUGGUUUUGACAGCCCAUGAAGCUAUUCCAGGAGCCACAAAAAUUGUUCCCGUUGAGGCUGCUCCCCAAGAAAGUGAACCCACUCCAGAGGCAACAGUUCAAGACCCAUCACAACGAAGAGGGUAUCAAGAAUAUGCCAUUCAGCAAACCCCGUAUGAACAGGCAAUGAAAUCAAGCAGGUUGGGUCCAACGCAGCUGAAGAUUUUCACGUGUGAAUACUGUAACAAGGUGUUCAAAUUUAAACACUCCCUCCAAGCCCAUUUGAGGAUCCACACCAAUGAAAAGCCUUACAAGUGUUCCCACUGCAGCUACGCCAGUGCCAUCAAAGCCAACCUGAACGUUCACCUGAGGAAGCACACGGGGGAGAAGUUCAGCUGCGACUAUUGCACCUUCACGUGCCUCAGCAAGGGCCACCUCAAAGUCCACGUCGAGAGAGUCCAUAAGAAAAUCAAGCAGCAUUGUCGCUUCUGCAAAAAGAAAUACUCAGAUGUUAAAAAUCUGAUCAAGCACAUCAAGGAGACGCAUGACCUGCAGGACAAGAAGGUGAAGGAUGUGUUUGACGAGCUUCGGCUGAUGACCCGCGAGGGCAAACGGCAGCUGCUCUACGACUGCCAGAUCUGCGAGCGCAAGUUCAAAAACGAGCUCGACCGGGACCGGCACAUGCUCGUUCACGGCGACGAAAGGCCCUUUGCCUGUGAGCUCUGUGGUCACGGGGCCACCAAGUACCAAGCCCUUGAGCUUCACGUCCGAAAGCAUCCGUUCGUGUACGUGUGUUCCGUGUGCCUGAGGAAGUUUGUCAGUUCUGUAAGGCUCCGUGCCCAUAUCAAAGACGCGCAUGCGGAUUUGCAGGAAGAUUCUGUUUUUACCAGUUCUAUCAACCAGAGUUUCUGCCUGCUUGAGCCAGGAGGGGAUAUCCAGCCAGAAGCCCUUGGUGAACAGCUGGCACAAAGCACAGAUGACCUGACUGUCACGAGUGCUGAUGCUGUUAACCUGCCACAGCCACCUCCUUGUAAAGCUGCGUCAGCAGCUGCAGAGCUAAACCAGAACGGUCAGCAGAACGGGGACUUGAAGAUUGACAUGGUUCCUUCCAUGGAGUUUGAAAAUCCUCUAGUGGAGAAUGUAACAGAGACACUGUGUGAGACAACAGACAUAGCAGUCCCAAACAUUGAGUCCUGUGGAGCCUCAGAUUGCUUUCUGCUGAAAAAUGGUACUUCUGGUCCUGAUGAAUUAAAAGUUCCUCCUGCAAGUGAAGAGCGAGUUAAUGACUGCAAUUCUGUAAAUGAGCAGGGUGAAGAAAUUCAGCUUUUGCUCUCUGAAGACAAAAGUUUAAAUCCAAGUGAGAACAAUCCAAUGACUGAGAACCUUUCAAUCUCUGAAGAGAGGAAUGAAUCUGUUCCUUCUAGUGAAUCAGAAACAAGCAAUCUGCCAGUUCAAAAUUCAGCAGAAACCACGAGCACUUCGCCAGCACCAGAAGCUAAUGCAGCUACCAGUCCACAGGCAGCCUCUUCUAGUGGAGCUACCUCAGACAGUGGGAGUGGAGCUGUGGCCUUUAUGCAGAUCUUGGAUAGCUUGCAGAAGAGACAAAUGAACACAGAGUUGUGUGAGAGGAUAAGGAAGGUUUAUGGAGACUUAGAAUGUGAAUAUUGUGGGAAGCUGUUUUGGUACCAGGUGCACUAUGACAUGCACGUUCGCACGCACACUCGGGAACAUUUGUACUACUGCUCCCAGUGUAAUUACUCCUCCAUCACCAAGAACUGCCUCAAGCGUCACGUCGUUCAGAAACACAGCAACAUUUUGCUGAAAUGCCCCACGGAACAUUGUGACUACUCCACCCCAGACAAAUACAAGCUCCAGGCACAUCUUAAAGUUCACACGGAACUGGAUAAAAAGAGUUACUCCUGUCCUGUGUGUAAGAAGUCAUUUUCUGAAGAUCGACUUAUAAAAUCUCACAUCAAGACAAAUCAUCCUGAGGUUUCAAUGACUACUAUUUCUGAGAUUCUUGGCAGAAGAGUACAGCUGAAAGGACUUAUUGGAAAACGAGCUGUGAAAUGUCCCUACUGUGAUUUUUAUUUUAUGAAGAAUGGAUCAGACCUUCAACGUCAUAUUUGGGCUCAUGAAGGUGUCAAACCCUUCAAAUGUUCUCUCUGUGAGUAUGCCACUCGCAGCAAGAGUAACUUGAAAGCCCAUAUGAAUCGUCACAGCACUGAGAAAACACACCUUUGUGAUAUGUGUGGGAAAAAGUUUAAAUCAAAAGGCACUUUGAAGAGCCACAAACUCCUUCAUACUGCUGAUG